AUGGAGAAGGUCAUUCGACGUGCCGAGCGGGCGUCGCGAUACGUUUCCAAGGUCAAGGCCAGGGAAAAGGCACUGGAGGAGUGGGGAGCAGCAUGGGAGCGGCGACAAAACCAGGAGCGGGUGAGACGCGAUGAGAGCCGUCGCAUGAUGCAGGCACGACUCAAUCGGCAGGAGGACUGGCAGAGAGGCGCUCUGGCGCCACGGCGCGAUGUGGGCGAGCAGGCGACGAGAUACGGUUCGGUCUCGGUCUACAACAUCCAGAUGACCGAGCUUGAUCCCAAGUUGCGGCCCACAUUCAUUGGUUACAAGCCUGGCGACCGCGUUGUCAUCACUCAUGGCCGCGACAAGGGCAGGAUUGGGGUUGUCGGCGAUGUGGACUACGACAAGGGCGGGGUGCAAGUCAAGGACCUCAACAUGAUCGACGUUCACAUUCCAAACUGGAUGAAGGAGCAGAAUGGCGAGGCGCGCGAUGUAUUCACCGUCGCACAGAUGAUCCCACACGACCACGUCAAACUGGUCUAUCCUCUACCAGACCCCGAGACGGGCAUCUACCGAGAUGUCAUCAUCGAGCGGGUUGUUUCGGUCAGCGAUCACAAGGGCGGCCCUGCCAGGCGUAUGAUACCCGGCACCAACACUAUCAUUCCAUGGCCUGUGUCCGCCGAAGAGGAUUGGCCCGACAACGAGAGUGACACCAUGCGUAUUUCGGUUGAGGAGCAGACGUUCAGACCCACCCUGAUUCGUGCUCCGAUGCCCAUGUCAGUCAUUGAUGAGUUACGAGGGAAGUACAGCAAAUUCAGAACACGGCAUGACUAUGACUAUCGGGCCAGGAAAGAGGCCGAAGCUGCAGCUACAGAGGGCAGGAAGGGUCUUAUUAGGACCAUGCGGACGCCGCUGCAGGAGCUGGCAGAGUCGCGGGCACAGCAAAAAGCGGCAGAGGCCAAGGAGCUCACAAACGAGCAGCUCGCGAAAAUUGGCGAGGUCAUUGCGCAGGAGCAGGAGAGGACGGACACCUUCGCCAAGGCGCUCGCACAGGAGCAAUCACAAUCACAAUAA